CCAGCGAUGGCGGGGGCGGAGAACAAGAGGCCUCGGAGCAGCGGCGGCAUGGAGAGGCCGCCCAGCAGGAAGGAGGAUGCAACUGGCAGAUGCCGUAGCGCCAAGUUCAACAGUCAACACAGCCAUGAUCCAUGUUGAAAGUUGAAAGUUGCAUCACCUAGAUUUUUUACUUUCCAGGAUUCCGUGUUUUUCCUUGUUAGCAAUACAUUGGGCACCUGGUGACUUUGGUCCCUGGAUCCAUCUGUUUCUAAGAUGAUAGCAACCAUGCCAUGAAUCAGCAUUUGAAGAGAACUGAUGGAGGAUGUAUGUAUACUGGGAGCUCAUGCAGAUAUCAUGCUUUUGGCUAGAUAUUGGGGAGGAAGAAGGCCAUGAAAGAACUUAUAAGGAAAGCUGUAGCUGUGAAGGAUCAUCUUGCGCAGUUCCCGGAUUAUCAUAAAUACGAGAGAAGCGGUUUUUCAAUCAACUUGGAAUCUGGGCAUGGCAAUCAGCUUCCAGUACCAACGAGGAAGUACAUCCAGAAUCUUCUCAAGGUUAACAUGGAGGGAACUUAUGGAUCAGAAUGGCCUUCAGAAGAGAAAAUUAAGCGCCGGGAAAUGGUUGCCCCAGAAGCACGAUAUAUCCUGAUCUGCCAAUAUGCAGACGGUGAUAUUGCCAAAUGUUUCUUGAAGCAAGAUUCAGGGGUGGAAUGUGCACACGUGACAUGCCGGGGAGUCCGCUUGCUUGGUUUUGUACACUACAGAUUUGUUGUUGAAGAGGAUGUGCCUGUUCUUUAUGUGUAUGAGCUACAAUUGGAGUCUUCUGCCCAAGGGAAGGGUCUGGGGAAGUUCCUAAUGCAGUUGAUUGAACUUAUAGCUUGCAAGUGCCAAAUGGGGGCCGUGGUGCUAACAGUUCAAAAAUCUAAUACAGAUGCUAUGGCUUUCUACAACAAUUUGGGAUAUGUAAUAUCCAGUACCUCGCCAUCACGAGUAGAUCCACUGAUUGGAAUUCAUAGAAGCUAUGAGAUCUUGUGCAAGACAUUUGAAUCCGAAGCCAAGUGUAAAUUGGAGGUGUGUAGCAUGUUCCAUAUUGUGUAGAUCCACUGUUAACCUAUGAAAUGUGCAGGAAGACAAGUAAUACACGGGGGAACACAAUUACGGCUGUGGUUCUACUUCUAUCUAUGGUUGCAUAACAAGCUCUGCGGGAUGCGGCGGCCCAUGUUUUUGUGAUUUAUUUGGAGUAGUACAGGAUGUUUGGUCUUAUAUCUUUCAGAGCCAAGGUUUGCCUUACCAAACUUGUGAAUAUUUGUUCCAUUGGCAACUUUGACCAUAUUUGCCUACCAUUAAUUAGGUUUGAUGGCAAAAA